UCCUCUCGAGCUGCUGCUAAAUGUUUUCAAAAUAUUUGGUUUAUAUUGGUAGAAAUUCAUCUUUUUUAUCGUAUUUAGAUAUUUUGUGAACUUUAAGUUUGAUUAAAGAUAAUUUACAUGAAAUUCUUUACAUCGUCUACUAUCACACAGCUGUUCGCUUUACUGUUAAGUACAGUACAUCGAUGAAAACAUGCCCCCAAAGAAAGGUGGUAAGGCAAAAUCUCCAAAGUUAAGUAAAGCUGAAAAAGAGAAACUAAAGAAAGAAGAGGCAGAACGAAAAGCUAAAGAAGAAGAGGAAGCUCGACUUCAAGCAGAACAAGAACAGAGAGAAAGAGAAGAGAGAGAGCAACUUGAAAGAGAGGAAAAAGAAAGAUUAGCUCAACAGGAGAGAGAAGCGCACGAAGCUGAGGUGGAUGAAUUAAAUGGAUUGCUUGAAGAUAAAUACAGCCAAGUUAAGAACACCGAUGAAAGGAACAGGGAAAAUGCAAAGUGGUCAAGAUAUAUGUUAUGUGAUGGUAGUCCAGACCCAAAGAUUACCAAAGAAAUUAACACCUAUAUCAAUCUUUGGCGCGAGGAUACUGAUAGCAGGCCAGUUCAUAAGACCAUUCAAGAGUGCCAUGAUGCUUUGAAGUUAAUUGACGAGUUGCAAUACUUUCUUGGCGAUGAACCUGGUUUGUCUGAAGAAGAUGUGGAAAAACACAACGAGUCAAUUAGUCACCUUCAAAGUCUAAUUCGUGUGAAGUUGGACGAAGCGACCAUGCACGUUCUCAAGUGUCCCGAUGAGUAUAUCGACCCUGACACGCAAAAUAUUCAAUUCGAGUUGACGUCACGUUUUAUUACGUUGAAUAUUUGGGGAAAUAUCUCCAGGAACCCACGACUGAAAUCAUUAACCUUUGAAAAGAAAGGCAUCACGUUAGACAUUCCAAAACCUCUGUCUGUGGGCAACGUUGCUGUUAGAUGUAUAUUUACAAACUACGAUCAUUUUUCCGAGAAAUCACGUCUGUUCUAUCCAAGACCGAAGAUUGUCCCCCCUGUCGUGGUUCAACCACAACAACCUCCUGUCGAGAUCAACACAGAAAUGGUUGAUAAUGAUUCGAAGGAAAAUGAGAUUGACGAAAAUACUUUACCUGCACCGGAACCGAGCAGUGCUGCCCUAACACCCAAACCACCGUCUUCUUCACGCAGCCGUAAAAAGAGCUCCACAACAAAAAGGGCAACCUCCCGUCUCUCGGCCUCUGUUUCAACAUCCGGUCGAAAAAGUCGGAAUAAAAGUGCCCGUAAAACACCUGUUCCUACUGCGAGCGUCACCGAAACGGAUAAAACAGAAGAAACAACCGAACAAGACACAGAUGAUCAAAAAACAGCCGAGGAAGAUCCAGCCACUGAUCCGGCGAAACCAGGCACAGCUGGUGAUGUUGAAUUCGAUGAAGAUGACGAUGACGAUGUUGUUGAUUUGAGAGCAUUUAGCACAGCCGACAAAGUCAUUUAUAUUGAGCUCUUUGAAUUACCUCCUCAACCAAAAACCGUUAAGAAUUGGGUCAUACAGCACAUUGCUGCUCCUGAGCUGGUCCCAAUUCCUUAUGUUUUUGAGUCCAAGAAGAGCGAGGAUGUGACGUCAUCAGAAAAUGAUCUUCCCAACAAUGAAGAUUCAGAACAGACCGCUGAUGAUCAAACACAGGCUCAGAAGGCAAACGCGGGAAAUGCGCCGAUACAUGUAACAUUAAGAUUACCAGCGGAUGUAUCAUAUUUCGAACAACCUCAAGUAGCAAGAUGGGAGGCCAGUAAGAACCAUUGGAGACUGGAUGGUCUUAGUGACAUUCAGUUUAAUGACCAGACCAACAUGUUGCGUUUCAAAACAAACCGUUUUGCACCUAUCGCUAUAUUUCAGGAUUUGUAUUUGAACAUGCCAUUUCAAUCUUGGGAAAUCCGUCCACAUGGUCUCAAUAGUUGCAUCUUCACUAUCGUGGCUGCUGCUAUUGAUCUGGAAAUUGAAGUCAAGGAUUCGUAUUGUUGUGUGGCUCAUGCCGAGGACUCCGUACAACGUUUACGACAUUUGCGUGGUAAAUGGAUGAACCCCAAAGAUCUCAUAAAGAGAUUGAAGGCUUCAGGCGUGAAUGUGUUUCCUGCAGUUGACGCCGAAAAAUAUGUUAGCUUGAACAUCAAGGAAUCGACGCUUGAAAAGAAUAUUUAUGAACAGAUAUCUCUGACUGCAUCAGCUUUUGCAUAUUCCUGGAGUCGUUGGAAUUCGGAUUGUGGAAAAGAGAAGAUCAUAGUUCAGGCAACGGAACAGGAGGCCGAUGAACCACCGUUGGAGGAGGAUUGGUUUAUCUACAUGGCGAGUAAUGAAAAUUCAUGUAAAUUGAAAUUGAGUGAAUUUGAUGAGACGUUUUCUGAUGACGUCGCUGAAAAUACAAAGCUCCAUGCUGAUCUUUAUCAUAUGGUUAUGGAUGGUGCCUCGCAGUCCGCAGUUAGUAAAGUGAAAGGAACAUCAUUUCAGUUCUUCAACUGCGUAUCACAACUACUUAAUGCUACUAAAGUACUUACAUACUCUUGACAAUUUCACAUAAAUAUGUUUAAAAUUGUUGUAAAGUUUUAUCUUCUCUGUAAAUAUUGUCCAAAGGCUUUGCCAACAAAUUUGAUAAAAUAAAAUAGUUAGAUCA